AUCUUCUACCCCGGGCCGGCCUCUCUGGGCUCUGGCUUUCCCCCAUUUCCGGCACUGCUCGACCUCGCGCAACUCCGGCUUGGUUGUGGCGCGCUGCUCCGGCUGGCCGUGUUGAUUUUCUGGGGGGGUCCCCACGGUCACAUGGGGAUGGGGAUGAAACUGCUGGCCCGAGUGAGUCCUCAGCUUGGCAAAAGGAGAGAGCGCGGGAUUUUCUUGCGUUCUUUCUGUGCUUGUUCACAAGGAUUUUGUACUCUAGCUGACUCCGGCGGCUCUCCUCGUCGUCGUCACCUUGCAAUCACCUUGGGCCUGCAUAGUAGCCGUGGUAGUUAGUACUCGGUAACAACCCAGUGCCGGUAAUUCUCGCCGCCGAGAAGGGAACCGGCCGGGGAUCCGAUCCAUCACGGGUUGCUUUCGCCGCGCGCCCGCGCCGGAAGGCAACAAGCCGGGACGACGAGCGGGUCCUCUAUCGCGGCGCGGGGGAUAUUUCCCGGCGGGAGGAGUGGCUCGCAUUGGAGCUGCCAUGGCGGCCGCGGUCCCUGCUCCAACCACAGCCUUAUCCGCCAUACCUCCCGCUGCCCCGGCUUCCUUGCUCCGUUAUAUAAAGCGCACUCGCCGGGGAGGAGGAGAAGGCACGGCAGCCUCCUGCUCGCCUCCUCCUCUGUUCUUCAUCUUCUUCGUUCUUCACAUCCGCCCUCCCUCUUUCUGGUAAGACUCGGGCGGUUUCUUGCUCCAUCGAAGUAGUGGUGCAUGCUCGUAGCCGUCGCCGUAAUUGCACGAACAAUCGGGCGCCGCCUGUCCUCAUGUUGAUGGCAUGUAGCGCUGCGCUGGAGUUGGAAGUCUCGGAGGGGGGGCCGGCCGUUCACGCGUGUUGGGCUUUUGGAAAGGGGGGAAAUGGUGGCUUUGUGUGAGGGGAUGGGAUUCCAAACGGUUGCAACAAACCCAUUGAAGUUUGCUCACCUUUUUCGUCAUAGGAGCUGUGCCUGUGCUCUGAAACGCACGGUGUAGUUGCUUCAUAUAAACCCAGGCCCCCCUGUACUGUUCUUGCCGGGCUCACACAUUUUGUGGCACUGCAGGGCUCCAUCUCUGCUUCUGGCGACUGAUUGGUUCGUCCUCAUGGCUCUAGCUCCCUUCUUCUUCAUCCCUGGUUUCACUGCCUUGAAGCAGCAGUAGCAGUGCCAAGCAAAUAGUUUGAUAUUAUCGUGCUGGUUUUUCUUUCAUUGCACACUAAUCUCUUCUUCGAUUCCUUUUAGUCUUUACUAAUACGCACAAUCUUUUGUUUUGCAAUUGUUGCUGUUUUUUUAACUGUGGCCAGAUUCCUGUUCAGCCAGCUGGUACUGUAGUGUGUAGUGUUAUGAAUUUACAGAGACUGCUGCAAGAAAACACUAGUCUCCCUAAAUUUUUAAUCCCUUUGUGUUUUAUUAAACCAUGCUGUUCUGUCAGCAAAACACUAGUUAAAACUAAUGAUACCAUCAAUUCCCAUCAUCUGGGGUUUCUCAGAGCGCCUAUUGCUAGCGCAACGGCAUGGAUAGAAAAGGGCACCUUGAUUGAUCCUGACGGCCUACCAGUUAACUAUUUGUUAAUUACUCGUCCAUGUCCAUAAUCCAUUUGCAACUUGCACGCACUACCAACACAUGGCACGGGCAACACAAGUCGAGCUAGGCGUCCUAAUUAGUCUCGUUAGCACAAGCCAUGAUGGUUUCUUGGAUCCCUGCAUCUCUGCAUCCCCGUUUCUUGCCGACGUUGACCGGUCAUGGGCGGCGAGCUCGCCGGCCGCAUCAGGUCCGGAGGCGCCUCGUCCCGCUCCUUCGCCGGCACAGGAUGGCGCUGCUCACGGCGCCGGCGGUGGCCGCGCUGCUGCUGCUCUUCUGGUCCGCGGCGUACGGUGACGCCCAGCUGCCGUACAAGGACCCCAGCCUGCCCGUGAAGGCCCGCGUCAAGGACCUCCUCGGCCGGAUGACGCUCGCCGAGAAGAUCGGGCAGAUGACGCAGAUCGAGCGGAAGGUCGCGUCGCCGCAGGUGCUCAAGGACAACUUCAUCGGCAGCCUGCUCAGCGGCGGCGGGAGCGUGCCGCGGCUGCAGGCGACGGCGGCGGAGUGGGUGAGCAUGAUCAGCGACUUCCAGAAGGCGUGCCUGUCCACGCGGCUGGGCAUCCCGAUGAUCUACGGCAUCGACGCCGUCCACGGCCACAACAAUGUCUACGGCGCAACCAUCUUCCCUCACAAUGUCGCGCUCGGAGCCACCAGGGAUCCUGAUCUGGUGAAGAGGAUCGGUGCCGCGACCGCGCUCGAAGUGCGAGCCACCGGCAUCCAGUACGCGUUCGCGCCAUGCAUUGCGGUGUGCCGUGAUCCGAGAUGGGGGCGGUGCUACGAGAGCUACAGCGAGGACCACAAGAUCGUGCAGGCCAUGACGGAGCUCAUCCCGGGCCUGCAGGGCGACGUUCCGCAGAACUUCACCAGCGGCAUGCCCUACGUUGCCGGACAGAACAAGGUGGCAGCGUGUGCCAAGCAUUUCGUCGGCGACGGCGGCACGCACGACGGCAUCAACGAGAACAACACCAUCAUCGACAAGCAGGGCCUGAUGAGCAUCCACAUGCCCGCCUACCUGGACUCGCUCCGGAAGGGCGUCUCCACGGUCAUGAUCUCCUACUCCAGCUGGAAUGGGAUCAAGAUGCACGCGAACCACAACCUCAUCACCAACUUCCUCAAGGGCAGGCUCAACUUCAAGGGCUUCACGAUCUCAGAUUGGGAGGGUAUUGACAGGAUCACCAGCCCUGCAGGGGCAAACUACUCCUACUCUGUCCAAGCUGGAAUUCUUGCUGGCAUUGACAUGAUCAUGGUGCCUAACAACUACCAAAGCUUCAUCAGCAUACUGACCGGCCACGUCAACAGUGGUGUAAUCCCGAUGAGCAGGAUCGACGAUGCCGUAACGAGGAUCCUGCGCGUUAAGUUCACCAUGGGCUUGUUCGAGAACCCCAUGCCCGACGCCACCUUGGCCGACCAGCUGGGGAAGAAGGAGCACCGCGACCUGGCCAGGGAGGCGGUGCGGAAGUCGCUCGUGCUCCUCAAGAACGGCAAGCCAGGCGCCCCGCUGCUGCCGCUGCCCAAGAAGGCAGCCAAGAUCCUCGUCGCCGGCACCCACGCCGACAACCUGGGCUACCAGUGCGGCGGGUGGACCAUCGAGUGGCAGGGCGACACGGGGCGCAUCACCGUCGGCACCACGAUCCUUGACGCCGUGAAGGCCGCCGUGGACCCGUCGACGACGGUGGUGUUCGCGGAGAACCCCGACGCCGACUUCGUCAGGAACGGCGGCUUCUCGUACGCCAUCGUGGCCGUGGGCGAGCACCCGUACACGGAGACCCAGGGCGACAGCAUGAACCUGACGAUCCCGGACCCGGGGCCGAGCACCAUCCAGACGGUGUGCGGCGCCGUGCGGUGCGCGACCGUGCUCAUCAGCGGCCGCCCCGUGGUGAUCCAGCCGUUCCUGGCCGCCACGGACGCGCUCGUCGCCGCCUGGCUGCCGGGAACCGAGGGCCAGGGCGUCACCGACGUGCUGUUCGGCGACUACGGCUUCACCGGGAAGCUGCCGCGGACGUGGUUCAAGUCGGUGGACCAGCUGCCCAUGAACGUGGGCGACGCGCACUACGACCCGCUCUUCCCGUUCGGCUUCGGGCUCACCACAAAGGGCAAUGCGUACUAGAAGGGGAUUGGUGGUAGCCUGUAGUGAUAGGAAAAUUGAAUUUUUAAACAGUGCUCAGCUCACACUGUGGAGUAGCAUCCACUAGAUGAGCGGUCUCAUUCUUAUAUGAUAAUAUUGCUUUGAUCUUUGUUCAAUUCGCUCAAGGGCCGUUUACUUGUACGGUGGCUUGGCUUGUAGUUGAAUCGAGUAGAAAUCAUAUUUCGAUUAAA